AUGGAGGCAGCAAUCUGGCAACAAUUAGAAAAUCACUUUUACCGUUCGGCAACAUUCCUGGCUGAAAGGCUAGUUGCUAUGGACACUUCAAACGAAAACUCGAAAUUUGUUUUGGCCACUUGUUACUAUCGAUCAGGACAGAUAAAAUCUGCCUAUCAUAUACUCAAGAAGACAGAGUCUCUAAAAUGCGUCUUCCUAUUCGCCAGAUGUUGUCUUGACCUUAAACUGUACGUAGAGGGCAAAACACGUUUGCUAAACGUUUGGCCACGACCAGAAGUGACCGACAUUAUUCUUGGCGUAAGCUCUUCGUCGAAUAAGGAUGUACCGGACAGAGCUGCAGUCUUAUGUCUUCUUGGUCAUCUCUGUCGUGGUGCCCGAUGUGAAGCGGAUGCGCGAAAAUAUUAUCAAGAAUGUCUCAAAUUAAGCCCAUUCAUGUGGGAGGCAUUCGAGGCCUUCUGUCAAAUGGGUUUAAUAAAGGCGGAUCGAGAGCGAAAUCCUGAAGAAGACGACGUCGACCCUGAUUUGAUAUUCCGGACAAACAAGGAACACAUGUUACGAGCCCCAUGCACUGAUAUACAGAAUUCACGAAAAGUAACAUCGACAUCAACGCCAAUGUUCACCAGAGGAGAAAAGGGAUACCACAUAACGCGUCGUGCGAAGAAUUUGGGACUGAAGCAAUCUCCAAUAUCUUCAUCCACACAACAAAUCGACCAUCGCGAAAAGAAACGACGUAUAUCCACCGAAGACAGUUCAGCAAUAUCAACUUUGGAUGAUGACCAUUGCCGAGCACGUUCUCCACGAGAUACAAGACUCUCUUCACACAUGGAUAUCGAUGAAGAAUUUGCGCAAGAGCAGCAACAAUCGGAAAACGACUUUGACUUUGAGACGAAGGAAGAGAAAGAAAUAAAGAAUAUGGAGGUGCAUACCGAAAUCAUGACACUAUUGAAGAAGGUGGCGAAGGGAUGUGCAUACAUGAGCUACUAUGAAUGUCGAUCCGCACUAGAUGUAUUCAAGACAUUACCAAAGGAACAGUUGGAGUCGCCUUUUAUACUAUGCCAAUUGGCAAAGGCCCAUUUUGAGCUGGCGGAAUAUGAUACGGCUUGUGGUUACUUUGAUCAGGCACACCGUGCCGCCCCUUAUCGUCAUGAAGACAUGGAAAUAUAUUCGACGGUCCUCUGGCAUCUACGCAAAGACAACAUACAGAGCGCUCUUGCUAAUGAACUCUUAGAAUUCGACCGACGCUCGCCUCAAGCAUGGAUAACGGCAGGAAACUGUUUCAGUCGACGUCAUGAACAUCAGAAUGCAUUGAAAUGUUUCCGAAGAGCGAUACAAUUGGAUCCAUCUUUCACUUAUGCUCACACGCUUUCAGGACACGAGAACAUGGCCAACCGUAAUUACGAUCAGGCAAUGACGCAUUUCAGAAAAGCCCUGACCACAAAUCCUCGGCAUUAUAACGCUCUCUAUGGUUUGGCUAAUUAUUUCUUGACUUGUGGGAAACGGGAUGAGGCGGAACAACACUAUCGAAAAGCAUUAAAAAUUAACCCCAACAGCGCAGUAUUACUGUGUUGUUACGGUAAAAUAUUAGAAAAAUUGGGAAGAUCGGAAGAAGCGCAUUCCAUGUAUGAAAAGGCAUGCCAAAGAUCGCCAAGAGCACCUCUCGCGCUGUUUAAGCGAGCAAAGGCGCUGUUCAAACAAGAGGACUUUGGACGAGCCCUUCAAGAGGCACAGGAUCUCUUACAUCUUGCGCCCCAAGAACCAAAGAUACACGUGCUUAUCGGUACGAUAUUUAAAGCGCGUGGAGAUCGUCUUAAUGCAAACAAGCAUUUCACACGAGCAUUAGAUAUAGAUAAUCAGUAUAGUCUUAGAAUAAGAGAAGCCAUUGAAAGGCCAUCAUUUGGAAUAAACCGACAGUAG